UCCAAGUCGUUGAAACGGUGACCGUUUGGGAGCCGGCGAUUUCACGAUGACGUCCAGCGACGAGCGGCUCGUGAAUUUACCAUGGGUCGAGAAGUACCGUCCCAAGAGCCUGGACGAGCUUAUUUCCCACGAGACGAUAAUAAAGACGAUAAACAAGUACAUUGAUGAGAAUCAGCUGCCGCAUCUUCUGCUGUACGGGCCACCCGGGACGGGCAAGACCAGCACUAUACUGGCGUGCGCACGUAAACUCUACACCCCGGCUCAAUUCAACUCAAUGGUGCUAGAAUUGAACGCUUCCGAUGACAGAGGCAUCGGUAUCGUGCGCGGCCAAAUCCUGAGUUUCGCCAGCACGGGCACUAUGUACAGAUCUGCGUUUAAAUUGAUUAUCCUGGACGAGGCCGACGCUAUGACGACCGACGCUCAGAAUGCACUGAGGAGAAUUAUCGAGAAGUACACGGAUAACGUGCGUUUCUGCAUCAUAUGCAACUACCUGAGCAAGAUUAUCCCGGCUUUGCAGUCUCGUUGCACCAGGUUUAGAUUCCUGCCUCUCGCCUCGCAGCAGAUAAUGCCGAGAUUGAAUCAUGUCAUUGAAGCGGAAAACUUAAAAGUUACGGAGGACGGGAAGGAAGCGUUAAUGACGUUAAGCGGUGGAGAUAUGAGGAAAGUAAUAAGCGUACUACAAAGUACAUGGUUCGCUUACGGCAUGGUGAGCGCAGAGAACGUGUACAAUUGUGUGGGACAUCCGUUACCAAGUGACAUAAAAAGUAUCUUAAACUGGUUGCUGAACGAGCCUUAUGAUACGUGCUACAAGAAGAUUCAAGAGCUGAAGUUGAACAAAGGACUUGCGCUGCAAGAUAUAUUGACGGAAAUUCACUCGUGCGUAGUCACAAUUGCAUUUCCCGAUUCGAUGUUCAUCGAUUUACUGUGCAAAAUGGCAGAUAUAGAAAAAAGACUGGCUGGCGGGUGUCGCGACGCCAUUCAAGUAAAUUCCCUUAUAUCGGCGUUCUACAAGGUUCGCGAUAUCGAAACGUGAUAUCCUCCGUCACGCGAGUUAAUCGAAAGAUAUUCUAUUUUGUAAGUCUGAAAACACUGUAUACUUUUUUUUAAGAUAGAAACUAUCGCUCGCGUCGUGCAUUAUACGUUUUGCAUAACGCGGUAAUACACGUGUGUUCAACAGUGAGGGUAUUUUUAACUUGUUGGAAAAAGGAAUAAAUGAACUUUUACAGCAUCUCCCGUGAAAAA